AUGCAUCCUUCAAUGACCGCUUUCCAACCACAUACGUCACUAUUUCGUAGUCAAUACCCUAUCGAUAGGGGCGCCAUUAUAGGUUAUCAGUCCAAAGUCAGAGUUGUCGACAAGUAUAAAGUCAUUGGCUUCAUCAGUAGUGGAACCUAUGGCCGGGUAUACAAGGCCGUUAGCCGGCAAGGUCAGCCGGGCGAGUUUGCCAUCAAAAAGUUCAAGCCUGAUAAGGAAGGGGAGCAGAUACAGUAUUCAGGAAUAUCGCAAUCAGCUGUACGCGAGAUGGCGCUUUGUUCAGAACUUAGCCACGAAAACGUCAUCCGCUUAGUCGAGAUCAUAUUGGAGGAUAAGUGUAUUUUUAUGGUGUUCGAAUAUGCCGAGCAUGAUCUCUUGCAGAUCAUCCAUCACCAUACCCAGCAACCGCGCCAUAGCAUUCCUCCCUCUACGGUGAAAAGCAUCAUGUUCCAGCUGCUAAAUGGGUGCCAGUAUCUACACAGCAACUGGGUUCUUCAUCGAGAUCUUAAGCCUGCUAACAUCAUGGUAACCUCAAGCGGGCAAGUCAAAAUCGGCGAUUUAGGGCUGGCCCGACUAUUUCAUAAACCACUACAUUCUCUGUGGAGCGGUGAUAAGGUAGUCGUGACAAUUUGGUAUCGCGCCCCUGAAUUGCUUCUGGGUAGCCGGCACUACACGCCGGCGAUAGACAUGUGGGCGGUUGGUUGUAUUUUCGCCGAGUUGCUAUCGUUGCGGCCUAUUUUUAAAGGGGAAGAAGCCAAAAUGGAUAAGAAGACGGUGCCUUUUCAACGUAACCAGAUGCAGAAGAUCGUCGACAUUAUGGGUAUGCCUACUAAGGAGCGUUGGCCCUACCUAUCGAGUAUGCCCGAGUACAACAACCUCAGCAUGUUACAGCCGCCCAUGCUACAUCCGGGUCAUCACCACCACCAUCACCACCACAGCAAAUCAACGGCAUCAACAAGCCACCUCGAGAAAUGGUACUACAGUACCAUCGGUGCACACUCGUCGACCUCAUCUCCUAACUCCAACGGCAGCCUCGCGGCCCUCGGGGCUGAGGGCUACAAACUGCUUUCGGGUCUACUGGAGUACGACCCUGAGCGGCGGCUUACAGCAGCACAGGCGUUGCAGCACCCGUUCUUCCAAGCGACGCCGUCGGGCGGUGGCAUCGGCGUGACAGCAAGCUGCUUCGAGGGUCUCAAGGUAGCGUACCCGCAACGUCGCGUCAGCCAGGACGACAAUGAUAUCCGCACCGCCAGCCUACCUGGCACUAAGCGCUCGGGUUUGCCGGACGAUAGCAUCGUCAGGCCAGUAAAGAGGGUAAAGGAGGCUUAG